AUGUCUCCUUAUUUCUUUCUUUUGCAGCAGAGCUCUUUCUUUCCUUCUUUUAUUUCUUCUUUUCUUUCUCCCUUUUUUUCUUUCUUUUUCUCCCUUUUUUUCUUUCUUUUUCUCCCUUUUUUUCUUUCUUUCUCCCUUUUUUUCUUUCUUUCUCCCUUUUCUUUCUCUCACCUUUUUCGUUUUCUCGUUCUGUUCUUUUCAUUCUUCAUCUGCUUAUUUAAUGUCCCGACAUUUUUAGUCUUUAACCCUUCCCCCACGCCCGCACCGUCAGAGCCAGUGAAAACCUUUCGGGUGGCGCGAAAUAAGGAAAUACCACUGAUGCGUUUUAGUGACGGCUGCAGUGUUGACCCCACCUCUUUUUUCACUCGUGACACUUCUGAAAGUCGACUAAUGGAUUUUGAAAUAGAUUUUCUGUCUUCUUUUCCGCCUUGUCUUAACGGCUUUCUCAUCGCCUUACACGUAAAACUCUUCUUUCAUAUCUAUCUUCAACUCAUUUUUCAUUCUUUGCGCCCCUUUUGUCUGUCUUGUUGUUCUGACGUCUGCUAUUUUCAUUCAAUGUUCUUAAUUCUUCAGUAUGUUAUUUUUUUGUGUUGCUUUUGCUUUAAUGAGUCUCUUUACCUAUCUCUCUCUAUACCUCUCUCUAUACCUAUUUCUCUCUAUACCUAUUUCUCUCUAUACCUAUCUCUCUCUAUACCCAUCUCUCUCCUUAUCUAUCUCUCUCAUUACCUAUCUCUCUCAAUACCUAUCUCUCUCAAUACCUAUCUCUCUCAAUACCUAUCUCUCUCCUUACCUAUCUCUCUCAAUACCUAUCUCUCUCCUUACCUAUCCCCCUCCUUACCUAUUUCUCUCUAUAUCUAUUUCUCUCUAUAUCUAUCUCUCUCCUUACCCAUCUCUCUCCUUACCCAUCUCUCUCCUUACCCAUCUCUCUCAAUACUUAUCUCUCUCAAUACUUAUCUCUCUCUAUACCCAUCUCUCUCUAUACCCAUCUCUCUCUAUACCCAUCUCUCUCUAUACCUAUCUCUCUCUAUACAUUUUCUUCCCCACCUCUAUUUUUCUUACAUUGACACUUCGUUUUUUAUUCGAUAUCCGAUGUUUUUUUUAAACAUUCCAUUCUCCUUUUGUUCUUCUAUUAUUUCUUUCAGUCGUCUCUCAUUUUCCUUACCUACAAUGAUUUUUUUUCUUCCGUUAACUAACCUUUCCCGUUUCCUUCAUUAUCUGUUGUCGUUCUUUCAUUCUUUCUUUGACUUUAUUUUUUUCCUAUUUUUCUCUCUCUCUCUCUCUCUCAGUUUUUCCUAUUUCUCUAUCUCUCUCUCUCUCAAUUUUCCUAUUUUCUCUCUCUCUCUCUGUUUUUCUAUUUUCUCUCUCUCUCUCUCUCAGUUUUUCCUAUUUCUCUCUCUCUCUCUCUCAGUUUUUCCUAUUCUCUCUCUCUCUCUCUCUCUCUCAGUUUUUCCUAUUUCUCUCUCUCUCUCUCUCUCUCUCUCGGUUUUUCCUAUUUCUCUCUCUCUCUCAGCUUCUUCUUUUCUCUUUCUCUCUCUCUCUCAGCUUCUUCUUUUCUCUUUCUCUCUCUCUCUCAGCUUCUUCUUUUCUCUUUCUCUCUCUCUCUCUUCUUCUUUUCUCUUUCUCUCUCUCUCUCAGCUUCUUUUUUCUCUCUCUCUCUCUCUCUCAGCUUCCUCCUUUCUCUCUCUCUCUCUCAGCUUCCUCCUUUCUCUCUCAGCUUCUUCCUUUCUCUCUCUCUCAGCUUCUUCCUUUUCUCUCUCUCUCUCUCAGCUUCUUCCUUUCUCUCUCGCUUCUUCCUUACUCUCUCUCUCUCUCUCAGCUUCUUCCUUUCUCUCUCUCAGCUUCUUCUUUCUCUCUCUCUCUGCUUCUUCCUUUCUCUCUCUCUCAGCUUCUUCCUUUUCUCUCUCUCAGCUUCUUCCUUUCUCUCUCUCUCCUUCUUCCUUUCUCUCUCUCUCAGCUUCUUCCUUUUCUCUCUCUCAACUUCUUCCUUUCUCUCUCUCUCAGCUUCUUCCUUUCUCUCUCUCAGCUUCUUCCUUUCUCUCUCUCUCAGCUUCUUCCUUUCUCUCUCUCUCAGCUUCUUCCUUUCUCUCUCUCUCAGCUUCUUCCUUUCUCUCUCUCUCUCUCAGCUUCUUCCUUUCUCUCUCUCUCUCUCAGCUUCUUCCUUUCUCUCUCUCUCUCUCAGCUUCUUCCUUUUCUCUCUCUCUCAGCUUCUUCCUUUCUCUCUCUCUCUCUCAGCUUCUUCAUUUUCUCUCUCUCUCUCUCUCUCAGCUUCUUCCUUUCUCUCUCUCUCUCAGCUUCUUCCUUUCUCUCUCUCUCUCUCUCAGCUUCUUCCUUUUCUCUCUCUCUCUCAGCUUCUUCCUUUUCUCUCUCUCUCAGCUUCUCCAUAUAUAUAUAUAUAUAUAUAUAUAUAUAUAUAUAUAUAUCACUCAGCAUCUUCCCAUAUCUCUCUCGGCUUCUGAUCCCGCUCUCUCUCGGCUUAUUCCUAUUUUCUCUCUCUCUCUCUCUCUCUCUCUCUCUCUCUCCAUAUAUAUAUAUAUAUAUCACUCUCAGCUUCUUCCUAUACCGCUCUCAGCCUCUUUCUCGCUCUUUCAACUUGUCGUCAUUUUCCCAUCAAUUCACAUCUUUCUCUUUACAUACGAUGUCGGAUGUUAA